CUGCCCGAAAAGAUUGAACCCAUUGUGAUGCUCCGUUUCCUCAAGUGUAUGGCCUACGAUGUGAAGAAGACCAAGGCCCUGGUGGAGCUCAACUACAGCAUGCGGAAUAAGCAUCCGCACUUGUUUAUGGAUCGCAACAUGAACGACGAGAUGACCGCCAAGGGAUUGAAAGUGUCCGACUGUCUGAUACUGCCUGGUAUUACGCCCGAGGGUAACAAGCUGCUCUUCUUCCGCAUGACCGACUUCGAUCCAUCUACGCGCAAUUCGGUGGAGGAAACCAAGAUCUUCUUUAUGCUAAGCGAUGCUCGGUUCACGAGGCCGGAUGUGGAGGUGGAUGACGGAAAGGAGUACGUUCUGGACGAAGCAGAUAUUGCAAGCGGGGAUGUGCAGAUUGUGGAUAUUGAGGGCUAUAUGCGACACCUGGCCUACGUCUCGAUCUUUGUGCUGCGGAUCUACAUGAAGUUCCUUCAGGAGGCCUAUCCUUGUCGGCUCAAGGCCAUGCAUGUGAUCAACUGCCCCUCGUUUCUGGACAAGCUUGUCUCCAUGAUGUCGCCCUUUUUACGAGAAGAGGUCCGAAAUAUGAUCAAAUAUCACACGGAGGGCCUGGAGAGCCUCUAUGCGGAGGUGCCCAGGGACAUGCUGCCGGAGGAGUACGGUGGCAAGGCGGGCACCGUGGAGCAGCUGAAGGCCAGGAGCAUUCAGUCCCUCCGCGAAAAGAGUGAAUAUCUGAGUGACGAACGCUUCUGGAAGGUUACGUCGCAGAGCAAGAGCCGCUGGUUAUGGUUCUAAUACCCUGUAGGAUCCUGGUUCCGA